UAAUAUAAAGUACGGGACCCCCGGGGGUGCGGUCUCUUUCCUGUUCCGGCGCCUGAGCGAGGCGCGUGGAGGGAACGCAGUCGCGACUGCGUGCGUCCGGACACCCUUUUUCUCCGCGCCCCGAGGGCCGAGCGACGACCGAACCGACAUGACCGAGUGGGAGACAGCGGCGCCGGCCGUGGCCGAAACCCCGGACAUCAAGCUCUUCGGCAAGUGGAGCACGGACGACGUGCAGAUCAAUGACAUCUCCCUGCAGGACUACAUCGCCGUCAAGGAGAAGUACGCCAAGUACCUGCCGCACAGCGCGGGCCGCUACGCCGCCAAGCGCUUCCGCAAGGCGCAGUGCCCCAUCGUGGAGCGCCUCACCAACUCCAUGAUGAUGCACGGCCGCAACAACGGCAAGAAGCUCAUGACCGUGCGCAUCGUCAAGCACGCCUUCGAGAUCAUCCACCUGCUCACCGGCGAGAACCCACUGCAGGUUCUCGUGAAUGCCAUCAUCAACAGUGGUCCUCGUGAAGAUUCCACCAGGAUCGGGCGGGCAGGGACUGUGAGGCGCCAGGCAGUGGACGUGUCCCCCCUGCGGCGGGUCAACCAGGCCAUCUGGCUCCUGUGCACCGGGGCUCGAGAGGCCGCCUUCCGCAACAUCAAGACCAUCGCCGAGUGUCUGGCUGACGAGCUCAUCAAUGCUGCCAAGGGCUCUUCAAACUCCUACGCCAUCAAGAAGAAGGACGAGCUGGAGCGAGUGGCCAAGUCCAACCGCUGAUCCCCACCCCUGUGGACAAUAAAUGCCCCUGCCCCCCACUGUGGGGGCAGGGUCCUUGUGCCUGUC